AUGAUAUUUCCGACAGUCAUUAAGUUUACCAAUUUUGAUUUUGAAACAAAAAAAUUAAUAACAACAACAAUAGAAAUUGUCACUUCUGUUCUGCUUCUGUUAAACGACAGGCAUUUGAAUUUUUGGAAUAUUCAUAAGCCUACUAAUGAAGUAGUUGAAGUUCCAGCAAAUAUGAAAAUUGUUUCAAAUGGAAAUACUUCAAUUGAUGUUUUCGUGCAGAAAACAACUUCGAAUUAA